CCGGUCGGUGCGCGUCCGUACAUACACAUCAUUCUAUCUGGUGUAUACAUGAUACAUCAUCCGCUUAGUAAAGCCAGUCACUGCCGGCUUCCAUAAACAACCUCCCACCCGUUUUUCCAUUGACUGGGUACACAACGCUACCAACGGCUCGUUAAAUCCGGUAAACGCUAACACGAUACACUGCCGACCCGAUCAAUCUAUGAAAUAACACGCCGCUUCCGCUCAACGACAGACUGAGCCGUAUCGAUCCGGGGAGUGCGUUUUUUUAUCAUCGCCACUGUGUGUGUAUCGCAACAUCCAUUUCCGUAAUCCGAGCAUUAGCGUGUGUCUUACGCUGGCAUAUUGUUUGUGGGUCUUUUGUGUAAUUGGGAUAAAAAGGUAUUAAGCGCGAUUACAAUGUAUACUCAUCCGGUGAUUGUGUUGUACAUCAGUGUAUUCAGCGUCUUCCUGGAGCAAGUUUCCUGUCUGAAGUGUAAGGAAUGCGACAGUCCGGAUCAGCCGCAGUGCCCGGUGGUGAAGGAUCGCGAUUGUGGACCGGGAUUUGAUGCCUGUGUGACGUUCACCGGGAAUUUUGUUGAUCAGAGCGGAAAGAGCUUUGCGGGAAAUACCGUCAGAUCCUGCGGCACACUUCAGAAGCUACAGCUGAUCUCAAAAGAUAUCGGCAAGGACAGAUGCACCAAUGUGAACAACGCUAAAGAUCCAGAAACCGGUUCGACAUUCUCAGGACGCUUCUGUUUAUGCAGCUCGGAGUUGUGCAAUGCAACCGGCUCAUCCAGCAUGGUCAUGUAUUCAAUGUUCACUGUGUUGACAUGCUUAUUACUAGCGGGACUCAUUUCUACACACUAGAGAUCAGAAACCCGAAAUUCUGCUGACGCAGCAAAGUGUAUAUCUGUUGGUCGCACAAGAGGUGCUUGCACACUUUCUAACGGCAAAGGAUUUAGAAAUAUAAACAGGGUGGAAUGUAUCAAGUUUCGGGAAAAUGCUUUAGAUACUUAUUAGCUGGCUUUGAUUUAUGCGCACAAAAUUAAACCAUGCCGGCGUAACGGUUGUAAGUA